AUGAUGAAAGGAUUAUCACUUAUUGACAAACUACUACCAGUUUGGAUACUUUUAUUCAUGGUGGCAGGUAUCCUUAUUGGAUAUUAUGUGCCAGCGGUUGAGGAAGCAUUCUCCAAGUCUACAUUGGCAAGUGUAUCCUUACCGAUAGCAGUCGGACUGCUACUCAUGAUGUAUCCAGUGUUCUGUCGUAUCCAAUACGAGAAAUUGAUGCGACAGGUCUUGUUCAAGGAUCGCAAGUUCAUGUUGCAUCAGGUGGGCGUGUCGCUCUUGGUCAACUGGUUGAUCGCGCCCUUGAUAAUGGUAGCCAUCGCAUGGGCUACCUUGCCCGAUCUCAUGCACUAUCGUAGUGGUGUCAUCCUCGUUGGAGUGGCGCGCUGCAUUGCAAUGGUGCUCAUCUGGAACCGUCUCGCACAUGGCAACGAAGAGUUCUGUGCACUGAUCGUGGCCGUCAACUCCAUCCUUCAGAUGCUACUCUACGGCCCACUCAGCUACUUCUAUGUGAUCAUACUGGGUCGUGGUGACAACCUGGAUAUCAAUAUGUGGACGGUAGUUCGCAGCGUGCUCAUUUACAUGGGCAUCCCCCUGGCAGCCGGCUUCCUCACACGUCUCGCCCUCAAGCGCUAUUCAUGGUACGAGAAGUACUACCUGCCAAUCGUUGGUCGCAUGUCCCUGUUGGCACUGCUCUACGUCAUCAUUGUGAUGUUCGCGUUCCAAGGCCGACAGAUCAUCGAGAACAUUGGCGAGGUGGUCCGAACUUCCGUACCCCUACUCAUCUACUUCAUGGUCAUGUUCACCUCGCUCUUUGUAUACUGCUACAAGACUGGUGUGCCCUACGAUAUUGCGGUUCCACAGUCCUUCACCGCCGCAUCCAACAACUUUGAGCUAGCCAUCGCCGUCGCAGUCAGCACCUACGGCAUCCAGUCCAAGGAGGCAUUGGCUGCCACUAUCGGACCUUUGAUUGAGGUGCCAGUGCUCGUGGCCUUGGUCUACGUGUCAUUGUUCAUUGGCAAGAGGUGGUUCAAUCUCGAGUCCAAGUCAUCGACCACAGACAAUGGCAAUCAAAUGGAGGCUACCAAUCAACUCAAGUCAGAGACCGAGGAAGUCGUCGAAGAGCAAGAUGGUGCCAAGCAAAAGAACAAGUGUUGCGCUGAUGGCCAAGAUUGCUCUGUAAUCACACCUCAGUGUCUCCCCAAGGAGCAACAAGAGACAGACCCACAAGAGUGUGCCAAGGAGACAAAGAAGAAGACAGUGAUCUUUGCCUGCGUGCACAAUGCAGGACGAUCACAGAUGGCCGCCACAUUCUUCAACAUCCACAAUCGCCAUUCCAGUAUGGCUGGACUGUCAGCCGGUACUAAUCCAGCGGAUCACGUACAUCCUGUGGUCAUGUCCACCAUGUCUGAACGUGGAAUUGACCUCUCAACCAAUGUGCCACAGAAGUUGACCAGAGAGCUUGCAUCACAAGCCUGUAUGAUUGUCACAAUGGGCUGUGGCGAGCAAUGUCCCUAUGUUCCAGGCGUCAAGAUUGUCGAUUGGGGCAUUGAAGAUCCAAAGAACAAGCCAGAGGAUCAAGUCAGAUUGAUUCGCGAUGACAUCGAGCAACGCAUCAAGGAGUUCGUCCAGAAUGAGUGCUGU